UUAAAGACAUGUUUGCUCUGAAUAGAAGGUGUGCAUAUUCAUAAUUUCGUGGUAAAUUAAUCGGCUGAAUACAUAUACUUGCUUAGAUCACAGUGUCUUCAACCUUAUGAAGAACUAACACAUGUAUAGGUAGAGCUUAUUUUGCACUACACUCACCUAUAGCCAUGUCUGAUGAUAAACGAAGAGGAACUAUUCAUGGGUCGCAUGGAAUCAAUAGCAAACGUCGUAGUGGUGAUACCUUAUUGAAAGAUUCUCGGCUGGUGUCAUUCCUAAGUCGAAAAUCGGAAGAAAGAAAGAAACGGUUGAUAUUGAAGUUUAGAAUUAUAGCACGGUCCAUUGGUUACAUGAUCCACUUGUGCCACAAAGUAAUGGUGAAUAAUGAGGAGUCCAUAACAUAUCGAGCUGAGAUGAUGAAAUUAACAGAACAGCUUGCGGCUGCAGAUAGCGGACAAGUUCCCUGUGUAAACCGAAUAGAUACCUCAUAUUAUAAAGCUAAUAAACAGAUGAGAAUGUCAACAGAAGGAAAACGAAUUUUAUCCAAACUCCCGAAACACAGAUCAGAAAAAGAAAUACAAUAUGCUACGAUAGCACUACGUAAUGUGAAAACAAUAGCGGAUUAUCCCCUACAUAUUCAGCAACAAUUUGCUAUGUACGGUUUCUAUGAAAAUUAUGAACCAAAACGAGUUAUUGUUAAGGAAGGUCGGCCAUCAGAAAAUUACUAUAUCCUCAUCUACGGUCAAGUCAUGUUUGCCAAAACAGACGAAGGGAACAUGGCUAAAAGACUAGGUUCAUUGUAUAGAGGUUAUUACUUUGGUGAAUUAGGUAUAUAUAACGGAACCGCUAGACAGUCCUCAAUUAUAACCGAAGAGUAUACCGAAUUAUUACGUGUCUCUGAUAUAGAUUUCAAAAGGAUCUUUAUGGGUGGCGAUGUUUCUAGAAACCCGGAAGGAGAUAAUUUUCUUACACAUGUUAUUAGUCUAAAAGGAUGGCCGUUACACGUGUUAAAAGGAAAUAAUAAAGCCAUAAUGACAAGCUACUUUCAACGAGAAGCAAUAAUGACACGUGAUAGUAAUUUAUCCGAAUGGAUUUUUAUUGUAAAGUCGGGAUCAAUACGAGUAAUGAAGAAAUUGGUCAAAACCAAAUCCAAUACCAGUAAGAGAACAGGAAUGCACAAGAAAGUUGCACAUACGGAUGGCUAUUCUGCAUUCCAGGCCAACGAGGAUGAAUUCCAACGUUUUAAUUUAUAUAAUAGUAUUGAACUUCCUCCGCCUCUAACCACUAAAAACAGCACAAACAAUAAUAUUGUUACAGGUCAUAGAGAAUCAUCACUUACGUUGCCGUUGAUGCUAAAGUUACAACGAGCAUGUAGACCUCAUACUGCACAAGCUGACUAUAAGUCAAAAGGACAGUCUAUAAGAAAACUUUCAUUGUCAUGGUCAACUGGUUAUGAACGACAUAUUACAUCAAAGAAUAUGUCUACCUUGUCUACACCAAGCACACAAAGUCCUCGUAUCCAGUCAUCAAGGUGCUCUAAUGAAAGUAAUUUACCAGCUGUCAAUUCUCCAAAAGACGAAGGACGACGUACCAUCUUAGAUGACUGGGAUGCUGCCACUAAACAUAAGAAAACAGAGCUGACCGAGGCAGAUCUGAACCCACAAUUCGUUCAUGUGCAGACUAUAACCAAAGGACAAACUUUCGGAUUGCAAUAUAUUUUAUAUAAAGAUCAAGUCCAGCCUAGUUUUAUAGUUAUAAGUAAUGGCGCUGAAUGUGUUAAGAUUAACAGACGGGUGUUUGAAGAAAACUUAACAUAUAACUUGAAAACUGACCUGAAGAAAAAGGUUCCUCCUUAUCCAACAGAUGAAUAUAUGCAAGACCGAUUGGUUACACAAAUGAACUGGGAAUCAUAUAAAGACAUUUUGAUCAACAAUAUUGUAGAAGAGAGUAAGGGACACAACCAUGACAGAUAUAGUUAUAAAUGUCCUGGAAUAAAACUGUGAUAUGAUAUUAUGGACAGAUUUGUUUUAUGUCCUGGUAUAAAACUGUGAAACGAUGUGGCCUGAUACUAAAUGUCCUGGAAUAAAACUGUGAUAUGAUAUUAUGGACAGAUUUGUCUAAUGUCCUGGUAUAAAACUGUGAUACGAUUUGAACAAAUAUAGCACUCAAUGCCCUGUAAUAAAACUGUGAUACACUAUGGAUAUAUGUGUAUAUAAUGUCCAGCUUACUAAACUGUGUUACGUCUUGGACAGAUACUUAUUAAAUGUCUCAGAAGAACACUGUGAUAAGAUUUAGACUGGCAUAGCUUUAAACAUCAUAGAAGACAAUUGAUGUGGCUCUGACAUACAUUGCGAUAUUUUUUUUCUUAUUGCCAAUUUAUCAUGAUAUUAAGACUUUUACAGGGACAUAUAUAUAUAUAGAUUCUUACAUUGAUACCAGUGGAUUAUCGGAUUUAUCCAAUAAUCCACGAGUAACUAUGUAAGAAUCUGUUUCUCUAAUAUUAAAAAGACAUUUUCUUUUUUUGUUUACCGAAAAUCUCUUCGAGUGCCUUUCACAUUGCAGGAAGUUGUCAAUUUCAUUAACACCUGUUAUCAUAUUUUGAUUCAUUCAGUUAGCUAAAAAGGUCGUGACCCUUAAAAUCAUCCAAUGAUCUUUUGAGAUCACCAGCAACCACACGUUGAUUAAAUUUUUAUACAACGGGUUCGGGAUAAAUUUCCAUAGAAUUAGAGAAAUCAACAUAAAUGUCCUGGAAUAGAUUGUGAUAAAUUUAAAAUACUGGUAUGCAUGUAUUACUAUGCCAUAAAAUUAAUAAUGCGCAAAAUCUGCGGACGAAUAUAGUUAUCAGCGGAAAAGAAAGAUUCCCAGAAAUAGUGAAGUGCUAAUUGUUCUUGACGAACACUGAAAAGAUCAGAAUUUGAAUUAAUAGACGUUGCUUAUAUUAAGCGGUUACUCGUUUUGAAUAUUAUGAACUGAUUUUUUUUGGUGCUUAUAAUUAGAAAUAAAAAAUGAUAUGAGUG